AUGCCUUCUGCUCCCAAAAAAGACCGCCGAUCAUCAGACGACGAUCUGGAAGCAGAUUCACUUAUCCUUCACCGACUCUCGACCGAUGCCUCAGGCAUGUCACGUAUACAAUCUGUCUCUGGAAACCCUGAUCCAAACACUCGCGUCACCGACGUCUACGACGAUCUUGAUGGAAACUAUGACGUCAAGUCUCCUCGAAUGGAGAAGUUCCCCGCACGUGGUGUGCUGGAGAACUCGAACAGUUCAACGCGUAUCGACAAAACGGGUCGACCCGCUUGGUUUCGCGGUCUCCUCGAAGGAGACGUACCAGGAGUGAACAGCCGAGGUGCGGGCAUGCCUGCGUCGAUGGCGCAGCGCAAUCGAAGACAGCGAGUGAGAUGCAUGCGGCUCAGCAUGAUUAUUGGCGGGGGGUUGUUGGUGAUUGGCGCAUUCGCUUUUGCACUAGGUCCGAAAGUUGGAGUUUCACCGUCCAAACUAUACGACUACAUGGGUGACAAGUGGUAUGGAGAAAGCGGUGUGAUUCCGUUCGAGUUCAACAAACCUGUUGGGUAUCCUGGGUUCUACACUACAGGAACACCGCCUGAUUUCGCAGAACACAUGACGAGGACAGCAGCCGCACCAACACAGACCAUUGGGGCAUCACCCAUUCAAACCACCAUCCCAGGUUUCCAAGAUGCGAGCUUCAAACCGUUUGAACACAUGGGUCCGCUUACCCCGUAUCUCUCAUCCUCAGGUUGGGGCAUCGAUGACGCCAAGUACGCCGGUACACCCACUUCCGCCUCUGGCCAGGCAUGCCGCCUCGCGCAAGCGCACAUGCUGCAUCGUCAUGGAGCACGCUACCCUACCGCUGGUGGACCGCCGGAUGUCCUGCGCGAUUUUCUUCGCCAGAAUCCGUCGCUUCGCUACUCUGGCAGUCUCUCGUUCUUGAACGACUACAAGUUCGGCGUGGGUGAAGAGCUGCUCACCCCUGUCGGCCGCGGUCAACUUUACGAUUCCGGCGUCAAAGCUGCGUUAUUGUACGGCAAGCUUGUCGCCGAUGAUCUCGCCGAAAAAGAUGCGCACGGAAAACCAAAGACACUGUUCGCCCGAGCCGGCAGUCAACAGCGAAUCGUUGAUUCCGGUCUAGCCUGGCUGAACGGGUUCUUUGGUAGCAACUGGACCUCGACAAGCUCGUUUGAGAUUCAAAUCGAACAUCCUGGUUUCAACACCACCACUGCACCUGAAUUCGCCUGUGCGGCAUGGAAGAAACCCGGAUCGUCACCCGGCGGGGCGAUGGCUGACAAAUGGGCAGCUAUCUACCUUCAAGAUGCCAUCCUUCGUCUUGGACCCAACUUUGGUGGAGCCAAGCUCAACUCGACCUUGUUGUUUGGCAUGCAACAGAUGUGUUCUUACGAUACGGUCGCCUUUGGCUAUAGCGACUUUUGCGCUUUGUUUACCAAGCAAGAAUGGUUGGACUACGAAUACGCCUGGGACUUGAAGUUUAUGAACACCAAUGGAGCCACUUCACCGCUCGGCAAGGCGUAUGGCUUGGGUUGGGUCAACGAGCUGGUUUCGAGGUUGACUCGAACACCGUGGAAGCUCGAGACGCAGACGAGCGAGAAUUCCACCCUAAACCUGGACGCCACAACGUUCCCGCUAGAUCGAAGGUUGUAUGUCGACUUUACUCACGAUUCCACCAUCACCUCGGUGUUGGCUGCGCUAGAUCUUGCGGAUUUUAACGAGAGGCUCGACGUGCCAGUAGACGGGAAACGUGUCGACGAAAUGCGUCACUUUAAGACGAGCAAACUGGUGCCAUUCGCGGCUAGGUUGGUCGUCGAGCUGUGGGAUUGCGCCGACGAGUACGAGUUGGUCAGGUUCAAGCUCAACGAUGCUGUGAUUCCCUUAGGUCAGUACAGGGAUUGUGAGCAGAGGAAGGAUGGCAUGUGUAAAAAGGAGAGUCUCUUGAAGGCCUUAGCGGCAAGGAACCAUCAUGGCUGGUGGGACAAGUGUAGGGUCUAA